CUCACUUAUCAAACACUGACUAACCAUUUUCUACAACUGGUAUGGAUAACAUAUGGGGGAUCUUUAAGUCAAGUCACGGAGCUUCUGAACCACAGAAACUGCCUGUUCACGACCAUUUCUUACAACCUUCAGCGUUUAUAAUUGAUUGCUCUGGUUGUUCUGAAACUAAGAAUGAUGCAGACGGGUACUUUUGCUUUGAGUGCAACUUCUAUGUCCACAAGGAAUGCGCCGAGUCUCCCUUAGAGAUCAACCACCCAUCUCAUUCACACCCUCUCAAGCUCCGUUGGUCCGGACCACCUGGUUAUAGUGAUAAAUGUUGUUGCUUCUGUGGAGAAACCCUUCGUCUUUUGGUUUAUCAUUGUUCCAUUUGUAACUUUAGUUUAGACACAGCUUGCGCGAGGAAGCACGAGAUUCCAAGCAUUGACUACCCCAAAGCCCACGAGCAUAGGCUUCACCUCUUGGCCAAGCGCGUCUCCUUUCCCUGUGCUUGUGGUAAAGACGUCCCUGGAGCUCCUUACUUGUGUCAUCAAUGCAACUUCAUGAUUCAUAGCGACUGCCUUGUACUCCCUCGUGUGAUACACCUCACACGCCACGAGCACCGGAUUUCUCGAAGCUACUUCAUUGGUCCUGGCAAGUUUUCUUGUGGAGUUUGUCAUCUUGAGUUGGAUUGGAGAUAUGGAGGAUACCGUUGCUCCAUUUGCCCUGAUUAUGUCGUCCAUCUGAGAUGUGCAACAAGAGAUGAUGUGUGGGAUGGAAUAGAUCUUGAUGGAAUACCCGAAGAAGAAGAGGAGAUCGAAAAACCAUUUGAAGUGGUAGAUGACAAUGUAAUAAAGCAUUUCAGUCAUGAACAUGAUCUCGAACUCAACGAAAGUGGUGAUGUUUGCCAUGAAACUAUCCACUGCAGUGCUUGCGCUUUACCGGUCUAUUUCGAUCCAUACUGCAUAUGUUCGAGCCCGAGCUGUGAUUUUGUUCUUCACAAGACAUGCGCUAAUCUUCCCCGGAAGCUAAGACAUGAGCUACACAAGCACACACUUACUCUACGACCAAACACUAAUCCAGAUGAGGAGCAUGGUUACAACCUAUUCAACUGCACUGUGUGUCAGCAGCUCUGCAGUGGCUUCAAGUACGUAUGCAGCUCUUGCGAUGUCCAGAUAGAUGUACGAUGCACUUCAGUUAAGGAACCGAUCAUCCAUGAAAGCCAUCUGCAGCAUAAGUUAUUCUUUACCUCCCCAGAAGCCAAGUAUUGUGGUGCUUGCGGAGAGAAUGCAUCCACUGUUUUGAACUGCGUUGAUUGUGGCUUCUCUUUGGGAUAUGACUGCGCUACGUUGCCUAAAAAUGUUAAGCACAAAUGCGACACACAUUUUCUCUCCGUCUGCUACGGAGAAGAGGCGAGUGGGCAAUACUGGUGCGAGGCAUGCGAGAGAGAAGUCGACCCGCGUAGACGAUUCUACACAUGUGAAGAUUGCAGCACCACUCUUCAUAUCAAAUGCGUGAUUGGGGAAUUCACAUUCUGGAGACCAGGGAAGAUGGCAAUAUCAAGUCACGAAGUCGCUAUAGUUCCUAAUGAUUCUGCAUCGCGGCCAUAUUGUUAUAUGUGCCGAACCCGUUGCGAAGACACAUCAGGUGUUAUAUAUGUCUCGGAGGAGUAUAUAUGUUCUUCUAAAUGUUUAGAAGAGUAUGUAGACUUCAGCAUUACAUUCUCUAACACUCAGACUGUGGAGAUGGCGCUUGAUCAGUUGGAAUUAUUUCGACUUGACCAUAUUAGCCAUAGCUGGAGCAUUUUGUAAUAACAUCAGUUUUCAACUCUCUGUGUGUUCUUUUGAAUGACUAAUAUUUCAAAAUAGGCAUAAUUU